AUGCUCGACACUGUCAUCCACCUGGCGCGCCAGGUCGAUCCGACCCAGACCCAGCCCCAAGCCCGACCUACAGCCCUGACCGAAUCACCGUACGGCUACAUUCCCGCCCUGCCCAAUGUCAUCGCGUACCUCGUCAUCUUCUCCAUUCUUACCGGGAUUCACUUGGGCCUCGGCAUCAAGUACAAGUACUAUUCGGCGUUGGUCACCGUUGUCAUUGGCGGCCUGCUCGAGAUCAUUGGAUGGUCUGGACGUCUGUGGUCAAACCAGAACCCCUUGAAUUGGAACCCAUUCAUCAUGCAGAUCUGCACCCUGAUCCUGGGCCCAGUCUUCUUCAGCGCUUGGGACUACACCCUUCUGGGACACUGUAUCAAAGUCCUUGGACGAGAGUACUCCCUCAUUGGACCGAACUGGUACCUCAUCAUUUUCAUCAUUGCCGACAUUAUUUCUCUGGUCCUUCAAGCUGUUGGAGGAGGUGGGGCGGCGGUCCAAGCCCAAAGAUUCGAAGACACGACGUCGAACACACGCAUCAGUAUCCUCUUCCAGCUGGCGACGACGACCAUCUUUUUGGUCAUGGCGGCCGAUUUCAUGUAUCGCGUUGCGGCGCGCAAGCCGUAUUCGGAGGCGACGAGGAACAAGUUUAACUUGAACUUGAGGUUCCGCCGCAAGGCCCCGUCUGCGCCCCAAUCCCCAAACCCUGACGCGGAGAAGACGAGCCAAGUUGAUCCCAAGUGGAUUCGCAAGUCGCAGUACCUCCUCCUUGGCGUGGCUUGGGCUUCAGUCAUGAUCUACAUCCGUGGCAUUUACCGCUCUAUCGAACUCGCGCAGGGAUGGACUGGGUACCUGAUGACCCACGAAGUAUACUUCAUCUGGCUGGACGGGUUCAUGAUGACCCUCUGUAUGGCUGGGUUGGCUGUUGCGCACCCCGGCUUCCUGCUUCCCGCUAGCGGGUGGAGCUAG